CACGAAGAAGACGCAGAGCGGAAGUUACGCCUGAUGUUGUCAUGGAGUCUCACAUGUAAAUCACCGAGCUUCAGAUAUUGAUUAAAACACAUUUUAAGGUGAUUUGAAGGUUAAAGUAAGUUAAUAACUGGCUCUCUGACUCCCAGGACCGAAACAUGACCACUCAAUACAGCAUUCUUUUCAAGCAAGAACACGCUCACGAUGAUGCGAUCUGGACCGCAGCGUGGGGGAAGAGUGAGGCGGACGGCUCCGAUACCAUUGUCACCGGCUCACUGGAUGACAUGGUGAAAGUCUGGAAAUGGUGUGAUGAGAAGCUGGAGCUGCAGUGGUCUCUGGAGGGCCACCAGCUGGGCGUGGUGUCGGUGGACAUCAGUCACAACGGAGCCAUCGCCGCCUCCAGCUCCCUCGACGCUCACAUCCGUCUCUGGGAUCUGGAGUCCGGGAAACAGAUCAAGUCCAUGGACGCCGGACCUGGUGAGGCCUCAGAGGAUCAUGGAUAA